AUGCUCAGCAUGGCGGAGGGCGCCGGUCGAAAAGCUGCUCCAGAUGUAGGCAACACCGGAGUAGAAAUCCAGAACUCACUGGAUUCGCAGGAAGAGCUAACGAAAAUCUUAAAGGAGCUAGAAGGAAAAGUUACCACGUUAGCGAGGGAAUUGUCGCUUCUCAAAAAAGAGAACGAAANAGACCGUAAAGCCUACGAAGCCUACUUAGGAAAGGACGCCUUGCAGUGGCUUUGCUACAUAUGCUCAGCACUGGCCCAGGGCGCCGGUCGAAAAGCUGCUCCAGAUGUAGGCAACACCAGAGUGAAAAUCCAGAACUCACUGGAUUCACAGGAAGAGCUGACGAAAAUCGUAAAGAAGCUAGAAGGGGAAGUUACCACGUUAGCGAGGGAAUUGUCGCUUCUCAAAAAAGAGAACGAAACGGCAAUGGGAAGAAACAGGAAUAUCCUUAUUUAUAACAACGACGAACAAAUAAUUAGGAAUGCGAAAGCGCGGGCUGACAUAGAACCUAGAAGGGUCGGGACCUCUUCAGAUUUGCUCGGUUACCCCUACAUGCUCUUAUUAAGAGGGUGCAGAGGAUCGGCCGCUGGAUCGAUCCUAUAG